UGAAAUCCAACCAGCUCAGUAGCAGACAGCUGUGCAGACUGAAGCACCUCUCGUGUGUGAGGCUCUGCAACAAACUGAUAAACAGGACAGAGAGUUCUAAAAGCUUUUCCUGGAAACUACAGUGCGAAUAAAAACAGCAGAGAUGACGACCGUGUUCAGAUAUCCCGUCUUUCCUCAUCUGCAGGAUCCGUGUGACCCUGGUCUGUCGCUGUCACCGGGGAGGAGUGUCAUGGCGGAGCCCGACUAUCUGGACGGAGACUGUGAUGAGCUCAUCAAACCCAAGAAGCUGAUCAACCCAGUCAAGACCUCCCGCAACCACCAGGACCUGCACCGAGAGCUGCUUAUGAACCAGAAGAGGGGUCUGGCUCCUCAGAACAAACCUGAGCUCCAGAAGGUUAUGGAGAAAAGGAAGAGGGAGCAAGUUCUCAAGGCUCAGAAGGAGGAGCAGGAGGCCCACAAGAAGAGGAGUGACCUGGAGAUAGAGCUCAUGAAAAGACAACAGAAACUAGAGCAGCUGGAACUAGAGCAGCAGAAAAAUGAGGAGGAACAGGAGAACACCCCCGAGUUUGUGAAGAUGAAGAGCAACCUGCGCAGGACCAAGCAGGAGACCGACGGGGAGGAACGAACCACCUAAAAACUAGCAGGGGUGUCUGGGUCUGGCUGAUUGUGCGCGUGUUUUGUGAGCACGGAGACGUCAGGAGUGUGUGUACAAAAGAGAGUGCGUGGUGGUGACCUGACCGUGGUCCAAGAUGAACUUCCUGGCUUUCCCGACCUAGCUGUUCCUUUCUGCAGUGAGGAGAGAGACUUUACACUAAAGACCCCCCUCUGUCUGCCUGCCACGGACCGCCAGUACUCACUUCUGCUCCUCACACCCAUCCAGCAGCAGCACACAGCACCCCCCACAGGAGGGACCUAACACAGACAUGUUACACGCCUUUGGACGAGGGCGAGCGAGCUUCCAAUGAGCUCUGAUGGAGAAACAACCAAACACACACACACACACAGGAGUUUUCAUCCCCUCAGUUUUCACUCCUCUCUCCACAGCAAGCCGUCAUUUCUCUUUACUGUUAUCAAUGUUGUUAUCGUUGUUGUUGUUGUUGUUGUUGUUGUUGUUUGUUUUUGUUCUCAUCUUCAGAAUCAAAUAAGGAAAAGUGGACACUGGAUGGACUCUUGAAGCUGUGUAAUGUAAAAGCCAAACAAAUGUGCUUUUGUUAUUUAUGUUUGUAGCUUUUAGCCCAGGUAUAGGGGAGGACACUUUUAGUCGUUAUGUAUUUUAGUUUGUUUUACAGCAUAGAAGCCAGAACAAGACAAAGGGAGUGUACGGUUGUGUGAAACACUCAAGUUUGCUUUAUUAUCUUUUUUUUUUUAUUCUAAACAUGCCAUUUCCUCAGCUAAUGCAAUUUUGAGCAAUAGUAGAACUCCCAGGCAUGAGAGUGACCUUUUCUUUAUAUAUUCUGUUGUUUUGUAUGAAUAAAAGUGUUACAUAAUAAAUAAUUUAAGUUUUUGUUAGGAUGGUCAAUAAGAAUACGCCUUGAGCCCUGUCUGAUCAGUCUUUGUGUGCUUUCAUAAAUCACCUGUCACCUGUCAUAAAAGAUACAAUUGAUCGGUAGUUCUUGGGAUUAUCUGCAUGGCUCCUGAAACAACUCUAGUACACAUCACUUCAGUAUUUUGUCUGUAAUUACAAUGGAGCCAUAGGCGUGCAGACAGAUCAUUACAAUCAGUAAAUCUGAAUUAAAGUGGCUAGUGUGUAUGUAGCCAUUACCAUACACACAUUUCAAAGUGGUUACUGUAUUUGAAAACUCUGGAUGUUAAAGUGCACAUGUAGUGGUUAUUUAAAUAUCACACAAUAAUAUUAUGGGUCUAAAAUUGUGGUUUGUGGGUUUUCAAGAGUACAUCUAUUUUUCUCACGGGAAGAAGCAGAUUUAUAACAACAUAACCCUGUGUUCUUCUCAAGAAUAUUAUUUUAAAUAAACAUAAUUUUAACAGGU